AUGGUACGCCGCCGUGAGCGUCAACCAACAACGAAAGACAACGGAAACAACGGCGAGAGUGAUGGUGAGAACAAUGGCGAGGACAAAGACAAUGGUGCAGGCUGUAACGAAGGUGCGAAAAGUGCAGCAGACAACGGCGAUGGUGCGGCAUACGAGCAAAAUAUUGUAACAUGUCCACGUAGCGGUACUUUGGGCGUCCGUUUUUCCAGAAGUAACGGAGGCGUCGAUGGAGCGAGUAGCGGUGAGAAUAACGGCGCGGCGUCUGGCCGCAACAACGAUAGUUUCGAAGCGAAGCAAAUAAAGGUCGAGUUAUUGGGCAAAGGGAUCGAACUCCUAAACUUACAAAAUGCCCUGUUCGAAAAAGAGGGUACAAUGGCAGUAAGCGUUGAAAAGGCGAGCAAUGAUGCUCCGUUCGAAACUUUGAUGGCGAUUAUACCAACGUCCAACAGCGCCAAUGGUGCGAGCAAAGGAAAAGGUGAGAACAACAACAAAGAUGCGAACAACGGCACUGAGACGGGAAACCACAAUGCUGACAACGGCAACGGUCCUUACGGUGGUAACGGCGAUGGUGAGCAGCUGAAUGAGUUACUCCAAGAAAACUACAAUGUUCUGUGCAUGCAAAGUAGAAGGUUUGGUCGCCUGGUAACGAACCAUGAAAUAGUUUGCGACGUGCGGAAUACGGCUGGGGCGAAAAAUUUAUCGGUUGGAACUCGAAAGGGAAAAGGCUAUAGCAACAGUUACAAUAUACAAUUCGAAGCCAGAGGUCCCGUUCGAGAUGAUAAAAACUUGAUAGCUAACAGCAGUAGCGCAAGCAUUUAUGGCGGCGCAGGCAACAGCUAUGGCGAAAACAACGACAUCAGCGUAGACAAAAGCAGAGCCGUAAACAACGACAGCGACACAAACAGCAGACGCACAAACAAAAGCGUCGAAAACAACAGCAAAGGUGCCAACAGUGCGAACCCCAAUGGUGAUGAGCUCCAAGCAGGCAACAAGAUAUGCAUGCUAACAGAAAUAUUUAACGGAA